UUGACUCCAACCGGAAACUAACCUUCCGAAAUAUUGUUUUUAUCCAGCUGUCCCGCAAGUUCAAGACCGAUCAUGGAUUUUUAAAUUUAAAUUCAAUUCAAUAAAAAUACUAGGAAGGUUAUAUUGGGAUACAACUGGAGACUUUGAAGUUGGUGAGCUAUGUUGCUGGAGGACAAUCGACCAGGACAUUCCCCAAAUAGUUUUGAAAUGCAGACAAUGUUACUGUAAAGCAACAAAGGCGCCAUGUCUUCGGGUCACCGGUUGCGAGAUGUGGAGCAGCACCACCCUCUCCUGGAUGGGGAGGACGUGGGGGCGGUGGGAGGCGACGCCGGGGAGCGUGGCUGGUUCAUCCAGGACGGCUGUGGCAUGGUGUGUGCCUUCGUCACCUGGUUCCUGGUGCUGUACGCCGACUUUGUGGUGACCUUCGUCAUGUUGCUGCCCUCCAAGAACGUGUGGUACGCCGUGGUGAACGGAGUCCUGUUUAACUGUCUGGCAGUGCUGGCGCUGGCGUCACACCUGCGCACCAUGCUGACAGACCCGGGAGCCGUACCCAAAGGCAACGCCACCAAGAAGUACAUGGACAGCCUGCAGCUGAAGCCUGGAGAGGUCAUCUACAAAUGUCCUAAAUGCUGCAGCAUCAAACCAGAGAGAGCUCACCACUGCAGCAUCUGCAAGCGCUGCAUCCGCAAGAUGGACCACCACUGUCCCUGGGUCAACAACUGUGUGGGGGAGAACAACCAGCGCUUCUUUGUGCUUUUCACUAUGUAUAUUGCCAUCAUCUCCACCCACGCCCUGGCCCUGAGUGGAUACCAGUUUGUAACCUGUGUCAAAGUCCAGUGGAGCGAGUGCAGUGACUUCUCUCCCCCUGUGACGGUGAUGCUGAUGAUCUUCCUGUGUCUAGAGGGCCUCCUCUUCCUCACCUUCACAGCCGUCAUGUUCGGCACGCAGGUGCACUCCAUCUGCAACGACGAGACGGAGAUUGAGCGUUUGAAGAACGAGAAGCCCACCUGGGAGCGUCACACACGCUGGGAAGGCAUGAGGAGCGUGUUUGGAGGGCAGCCCUCUCUGCUGUGGAUCAACCCCUUCACAGGCCUCCGGCUGCGCACACUUCUCCCCAGGCGCUCGAAAAAGGCCGGGGCCGAGUUCUCCGUCUGAAGGACCCGGGGACACGUCCUGGGUCCACGUCCUGGGUCCACGUCCUGGCUCCACGUCCUGGCUCCACGUCCUGGGUCCACGUCCUGGGUCCACGUCCUGGGUCCACGUCCUGGGUCCACGCACUGGACAGAUGGAUGGCCAGGGAAACAAGGCAUACCAAACUGCAUGAACUUGGUGCUCUGGGGUAUUCCAUCCAUGUAGCUGAAAUGGAUUAUAAAUCAAAGUAUUUACUUAGUAAUUGUUGUAGAUCAGAUGGACAGGAGACUGCCGUGGUGUAGCAGAUGAAACCACUACAUGCUCCGACGACAUUCACUGACUUCACUCGCGUAUGGAAGUCAACCAGGAAACAGAGGGAAGCACUUCAUACUCAGAUUCUUUUGUUUUGUUUCUCCGCUUGUUUGUUGUUUGUUUGAUCUCCUUGCUGAGGGGGGGCGCUAUUCUGGCUGCACAAACAGAAGAAACAGAAUUGAGAGCGUUAAAGAGAGUUCACCACUCAUAAUGUAUGCCUAUGAUAUCAUCUUGUUUUUAAGUAUAUGCUGCUGGAGAAUUCUAUACCCCCCAAUCUGUGUGAGUGUAUCCUUGCUGGAUUUGUCAUUGACCUCAGAUAGAUGGUAAAUCUGUUUAGAGAAGUGGAUGAGAUCAUGGAUCACAGCUACAGCUGCCUGAAUGGAUAAUAAAACACCAGAAUCAGCUGUUCUGAAUCAACAAGAAGCAAUCUUGAAGAAACUUUUGUGCUGUUUGGAAUCUUUGCUGUGAAUUAGCUGGUUUAAAUAGGUUUGACCUUGCUUUUCUAUUGGAAUAUACUGUAUGAUUGUGUGUGUGUGUGUGUAUUACCUCAUCACAAUCACUGAAAUUUCAGUUCCCUGCAUUGUUGGGACAUAGUUUUAUGUCAUAUAUCCGCUUUCUCAAGACCAAAAACUGAACCGUUAACACUUGGAGGUCCAGCUGACUUCCUGUGCUUGGAGGUCCAGCUUCCUGUGCUUGGAGGUCCAGCUGACUUCCUGUGCUUGGAGGUCCAGCUUCCUGUGCUUGGAGGUCCAGCUGGCUUCCUGUGCUUGGAGGUUCAGCUUCCUGUGUUCUGUGCUGCCCUGUCACUUGUGUCCAGUGGAAACACCCCUCACAGAGUCUCUCCUGGUUUCUGAUCUAGUCAUUAACCGUUAACAUGUCUUCAGGAUUUAAGUGCAAGGAAGCUGAAUACAUUGUCCAGGAAUGUUUCUCAAGUAGAAAAGUUUUAGAAAAGGUUUUGGACUAUUUUUCUGUCUUUUUCCUUGUUUUCAAAUCAUUUUUCUGUGGUUUUGCAAGCAUUGUUUGAAUGGCUAUUAAAUGAACUUCAUUGCUACCUCUAA